ACGGGAAUUCUUAUUGCUCCUCGGAUGGAAACGCGGGCGUUUCAGUAAAGAUUUAUUUGAUUAAAAUUGAAAGUUUAAGCGUGAAUUGCAAUUAUAUUUAUUUAAUUUAAAAAAAAAAAUUAAAUUUUGCUCAUUCAUUCUGUAUCACCUUAUCUACACGCGUUCGAGUUUAAAUGCUUUGAUUUCCGCUCAAAAUCACUUUUCACUCACUCUGCUCUGGUGAUAACGAAGUAAACACAAACUGAAUAUGUUGAUAAUAAGAAAUCUAAUCAAGAAGAAAAGUUGUUAAGAAUUAUUACAAUUACGAAAAUGAAUUCAUUAUUUAUGUGUUAAUAACAUUUUCAAUGGAUUGCAUAAUCAAUUGUAGUUAUUCCUUUUUUGAUAUAAUAAUAUUCCAGCUCUGAAAGUGAGCGACAAGUGUUCUUUUUUUUUUUGUUGAUUGCUUAACAAUAACAAGUUUUGUGUUUAAAAUUUCUAAUAGCAUUCAUACGUGAGCAAACAGUGAUUCGCAAGAAUUCAAAUGAUUUCGUUAAGAUUUGUGCAGUCAUUGUCACCGACAAUACGGCGGUCGUUUGCUGUUGGACAUGUGUCACAUGCGCGGAUGUCUACAAAAAUUCGUUCUGGUCCUGUUGUUGAUAUCCUUGGUGAUGAGAUGACACGCAUCAUCUGGAAAUCAAUUAAAGAUAAAUUGAUCUUACCUUAUUUGGAUAUUGAAUUGCAUACAUACGAUUUAGGAAUGGAGAAUCGUGAUAAAACCGACGAUCAAGUUACAAUUGAUUGCGCUGAAGCUAUUAAGAAAUACAAUGUUGGUAUCAAGUGUGCCACAAUCACUCCUGAUGAAAAGCGUGUUGAAGAAUUCAAUUUGAAGAAGAUGUACAAAUCACCCAAUGGUACUAUACGUAACAUACUUGGCGGUACUGUAUUCCGUGAAGCUAUUACCUGUAAAAACAUUCCACGUUUAGUUAGCGGUUGGGAGAAGCCAAUUGUAAUUGGUCGUCAUGCUCAUGCUGAUCAAUAUAAAGCAACCGAUUUCGUUGUACCCGGCCCUGGUACAUUAACCAUGACCUUUGAACCAACUGGUUCCGGCGAAAAAAUAUGUCAUGUUGUAAAUGAAUACAAAGGUGCUGGUGUAGCAAUGGGCAUGUUCAACACAGACGCAUCAAUUAUUGAUUUUGCACAUGCUUCGUUCAAGUAUGCAUUGGACCGCAAAUUACCACUUUAUUUGAGUACCAAAAAUACUAUUUUAAAGAGAUACGAUGGCCGCUUCAAAGAUAUCUUUGAAGAUAUUUACCAGAAAGAGUACAAGAAAUCGUAUGAAGCCGCUGGUAUUUGGUACGAACAUCGUUUAAUUGAUGAUAUGGUAGCAUAUGCUAUGAAAUCAGAAGGAGGAUUUGUAUGGGCAUGCAAAAACUAUGACGGUGAUGUCCAAUCAGAUUCUGUUGCUCAGGGUUAUGGUUCAUUGGGUCUAAUGACAUCUGUUUUAAUUUGUCCAGACGGUAAAACUGUAGAAGCAGAAGCUGCACAUGGCACUGUAACACGGCAUUAUCGCAUGUAUCAGCAAGGCAAAGAAACCUCUACAAAUCCUAUCGCUUCAAUCUUCGCAUGGACUCGCGGUCUCUUACAACGUGCCAAAUUAGAUAAUAAUGACAAACUAAAGGUAUUUGCUGAAACACUUGAGAAAGUCUGUAUCGAUACUAUUGAAUCCGGUCAAAUGACAAAGGAUUUGGCUAUUUGUAUCAAAGGCAUGAAUAAAGUACAACGUUCGGACUAUCUUGAAACGUUCGAGUUCUUGGAUAAAUUGUCCGAAAAUCUUCAAAAGGCACUUGCUAAAUGACUAGACUCGGAUGACACGGAUAAUAAAGCUCACUUGUAAAGUAACGUGUCUAUUACUUGAAACUCUCACUUGCAUUUUAUUGUAACCUUCAUUUCUAGAAAGAAGUCCUUAUAUUUUAGACACUAUGUGUGUUUUUUACUAAAUAAACUUAUUUCAUCUUUAUAAUAAA